CCAGGCUAAUCCAAUAAGGUAGAGCUUCUCACCCCACUUUCCUUCAAUACCUUCUCACAAAUCAAAUCCGCUGACACAUCAUCUCUCCCCAACCGACCGAUGAGUAGUCCGGGUUUAGUUUGUGAGCAUCAAAAUCUGGAUAGAUAUUUCUCCUGCGUUAGAAGGCCGGAAAAGUGUUCAUACAAUCAGAAUUAAAAUCAGGAUUGAUUCGUUGGCAGCUUGAACUCCCAUGAGAUAAGCCACACAAGUUUCCUUCUAUUCAAAAUUGGAAUGCCGGGGCGUUUUAGCAUUGCUUAUCAGAUUUCUCUAGCUCGAUCAGAUAGUCCAACUGAAAGCUUAUUCGUCAGAGCCAGGAUGCAAGAUCCAAGGGACCUCCACUUCUGACCUCCAUACAUGCAGCGUCGAUCAUCAGCUGACUGCGGGAUGAACCUCGAAACUUCUUGGGACAGCUUCGUUCUGUCCUUUCUUCUUUUCUUCUGUCAUUGUAUCACAAUACUCGGGGGCUCAUGGCUUGCGAAAAGGACUCCAGGAUUGACUUCCUGGACGAACAAGUUACUGCUACAGUUGGAAGGACGAAACCUUACCACUCAACACCUCACACACGAAAUUUUGUUCGUGCAUUCGUUCUUUCCUCGUCAUUGAUGAUUACACUGGUUUUCUGGCCUCUUGGAAUUUGGAGUCAAUGGACACUUCCAGCUCAAUUGUCCCGCGAGACACCCGAUCAUGAGUUCAGGUGGAUGGAUAUUCAGCCCAAGAGAGAAAUCGAAUGGCAUCCAUGCUACGAUAAAUUCGAUUGUGCCAGACUUGAUGUGCCUCUCGAUUGGCAGGAUCCAUCGGAUGAUCUGCGAGCAUCAAUAGCCAUGAUCAAGCUCAAUGCUACGGAUAGGAAGGACUACAAAGGAUCUUUGUUUAUCAAUCCAGGUGGACCUGGAGGUAGUGGUGUUUGGUACGUGAAGAAACUUGGUGAAGAAUACCAGACGAUUGCUGGAAAAAAUCAUGACAUUAUUGGGUUUGAUCCUCGCGGAGUUGGGUUGACUCGGCCGGUAAUCGACUGUUGGAACGGAUACCGGCAAAAUGCGGAACUAUGGGCUCUUUCCAGACUACCUGUUAUUGAUGCCCACCCAGGUAUGCUUUACGAUGCAUACGCACAAUCCAGCGCUUGGUCAAAACAGUGUGCAUCUACGAUUGGAGGUGAACCGCGUGGAGAUAUCAAGAAUGUCGCAGAAAUGAGGGUCCAAGAAGCCGGUCCUGGUCGAUUUGUUGGUACCGCUUCCGUUGCUAGAGAUAUGCUCGACAUGAUGGAGAAAAUUGGAGAGCAGAAGCUUCGAUAUUGGGGGUUCUCUUAUGGUACCGUUCUGGCAUCCAUGUUUGCAUCGCUGUUCCCAGAUAAGGUUGAUCGGAUUGUGAGUGACGGCAACGUGGAUAUCAGAGGAUGGAUGAUCGGAUCAUCAGUCCAUUUCAUUGAUGACGCCCACAAAAUCAUGGCGGCUUUCUACGACUUCUGUCACAUUGCUGGUCCCUCCAGAUGCAGAUUCUUUGCCAAAACGCCAGAAGCCAUCAAGGAGCGUCUCGACAGGCUGCUUACAGCUAUCAAGAAAAGCCCUGUCAUAGUUCCCGCCAAUAAAUCGCCCUCCAAUCGACCUGAGCUAAUUUCCUUUUCUAGCGUUCGGCGGUUGAUCUCCAAGUCUUUCUACCAGCCGAUUUCCAUAUUCCCAACGCUCGCCGAAGGUCUUGCCGGUCUAGAAAUUGGUGACGGAGUACCAUUCAUAACAGCCCAAGGUGUGUCUAAAUCUCCAAUUUCUUGCGGCAACGGAUCAGACGUGGAAUUGGAAUUAUCAGAGGGAACUAGCGAUGCUUUCCCGGCUGUGAUGUGCUCUGAAGCCCAGCCUUUGCUCGACACGCCAGAUGAAUUCCAAAAAUAUGUUGAUGCUCUGACCGGCUUGAGCUCGGCAACGGGAGCAAUAAUGGCGCAGGAUUUCAGACUGCAAUGCGCAGGGUGGACAGUUCGAGCGAAGUGGAAUUUCACAGGUAUGUAUUACCACGACCCAAGCUUCAUCUACUAACAUAGAUCAGGACCAUUUACUGGCAAUCCAGCCAGCCCAAUUUUAUUCAUCGCUAACUCAGCGGACAAUGUGACACCUCUGUCAAGUGCGAGAUUAAAUGCGGGUGGUUUCAAAGGUUCCAGAAUCUUGAUACAGGAUUCGUUCGGGGUAGAUAAUAGCCUGAACUUCAUGAGUAAAACGGCUGACAUCCUCUAGCAUACAAGUCUCUCGACGCCAUCGAAGUGCAAGGCCGCAGUAGUCAAUGCAUAUUUCCAGAAUGGAACACUUCCAAAGAACGAGUUUGUGUGUGAAGCUGAUGUUAAGCCGUUCGACCCUGCCGAAGGGAAGAGCGUGAGCUUUGACGAAGUGGGCAGGGCCCUGUAUACUCUGAUGCGCCAUCAUACGGAGGUACACAAAUGAUGGCACGGUCUUUUAAUUGAGCGAACAUCCUGGGAUGCUUUUUCUGGACCCUUGCGAGAGUGUUGACGAAAGGGAACUUUACACCUGCGACAACAAUUCUAGACUUCAAAAGAUAGUAAUUCGAGUCGAUCGUAGCAGCUGGAAAUCUGCAUAUCGACUUUCCAUGCAGCCAUGCUAGACAUGUGGGAGUAGAAUAAUAAGGUCGUUCUGUUGAUGCAUACUUAUCAUUGGUAGAGCUCUCUCAUGUAACAGUCAUCGGAAGCUUUUACUGGAUAACGUGAAGCUUUGAUGAAUGUUAUGAAGACAUGCACUCAACGACCAGAUCAGGAAGCUGGAAGUCGGACUGCGAAUGCUCUGUAGCUAGACGAAUGAACUGUGCGAAAAUUGUACUGGAAGAAAGGAGGACUUUGCUGAAGCCUUUAAUAAGACUGGAGCAUAAUUUGAAAAUUCGACUCUUGAAUGGACUUUUGAGAUGAGAAUCAGGCUCGGAAAUGACAAGGUAACAUGCAACGAGCGGGAGUUCCAUUAAUCUUAGAUGGAGAAUCAAAGAAACGAGAAGUGCUUUCAAGCGACGGACUACCAAGCCUCUGUUUUAAACACAGGCUCGUUCAAGAGUGAGUUUGAUAUUCAUAGUGGAUGACGAGGGGCUUUGGUGGCAUUAUUGUUGGCAGGAUGCGAAUUCCGGCUGACUUCUUUUCGAAUGCCGCUAUUGUGUAUCAUGGAG